AUGAGCUGGCCGGACGUCGCCGUCACCAAGUACGCUGCGCUCAACGCCGAGCAGUGGGAGGAGACCAUGAACUGCGGACGCUGCGCUCAAGUCACGUGCACCGACGCGUCGUGCGCCGGCCAGGCGUCCGAGAUCGUGUACAUCAUGGACCAGUGUCCCGGGUGCGCGUACGGCGACCUGGACCUGUCCCCGGACGUGUUCGAGAGCAUCACGGGCCAGUCGUACACGAAGCUGAGCAUCGAGUGGCAGUUCGUGGACUGUCCGAUCUCGAACAACGUGCAGUACUGCCUGAAGACGGGCAGCAGCGAGUUCUGGGUGGCGGUGCAGCCGGCCAACUUCGUGUCGGGCGUGCAGAGUCUGUCGAUCAACGGGCAGGAGACGUCGGUGAUCGACUCGGCGUACUACUUCCUGAUCGACGGCAGCGGCGAGAGCGUGGCGGAUCUGAGCUCUGUGAGCAUUUCGCUGACGGGGGUGAACGGCGAGGUGCUGGAGGAGACGCUGUCCUUGAGUGCCGACGAGUGCACUAACGGUAAUUCACAGUUUUCGUCCAGUGGGGACAUGACACAAGCACCCGUCACGGAAGCCCCGACUACCGCGCCCGUCACAGAUGCCCCCACCAUGGCUCCAGUGACGGAAGCGCCGACAACAACGUCGACUACAGUGCAGUCGGACGCAUCCACGCCGGCGCCCACUUCAACACCGAGCGCCACCGUGGCUUCCGUGCAGGAAGAAGCCUCCAGCAGCGGUGGUCUCCACUCGACGGCCGCCAUCGUCGGCCUCAUUGCUGCCGUCUGUGUGGCUUUGGGGGCUGCUGUCGGCGUGGCGAUGGCCGUCCACAGGAAGCGCAAACUGCUCGAAGCGAGCAAGAACGCGGAGGACCGCGAUUCGAUGGCGUCGUACGUAAGCGUCCGCACACCAAGGUCGGAGGUCCCUGUGCUGCACUCCGCAGUGUAG